CACUAUCAUUUACCAAUUAACUCUUCCUUGAGUUUUUAUCCAUAAAAACAGCUUUCAAUCUCAGUCAAUCCAAUAGUUGUAAAGGUGUUAAAAUAUCGAGUAAACCAAAUUUCUUGACUUAUUUAAAUGUAAAAUAGAUUGAAUAGUUUGUGUCAUUUAAAUACGUUAAUGUGCAUCUUAAGUGACCUCACAUAGGUUAUUGAUACUCGGAGUCUCCAAAUUUUUUGAGUAAAUUUGAAAAACUUUUAAUCAACAUGGUCAGUGAUCAAAAUCAAGUAAAACUUGGACACAGUGUGCUUACAAUGACAGUGUCUAACAACAGUUAUGACAGUAAGCUACCAACUGGAAAACCUGCCAAAUUAACCAGAAAAGAUUACAUUAUUAUAGCUACAUUCGCCUAUGUAAAUAUCAUCAUUGGAUGUGCCUAUUCAUGUCUGGCUCCUUUCUUCCCUAAAGAGGCUGAGUCAAAAGGAUUAACGCCAUCCGUUUAUGGAUUUUUAAUAUCAAUUCAAGAACUUGUAACAUUCAUUUUAUCUCCAAUUGUUGGAAUUUUGCUGCCAAAACUAGGAAUAAGGUUAAUUAUGUUGGUUGGAUCAAUUAUGGGCACCAUUGGAGUCAUAUUUUUUGGAGCGCUAGUCUGGGCUCCGUAUGGGACACCAUUUGCCGUUUCAUGUGGCUUGGUUCGAGGGUUUGGGUCCAUUGGAAUGGCUGGUAUAUUUGCUUGUAUGUUUGCCGCAAUACCAACCUUUUUUCCUGAGCACAUAUCUCAAGUGUUUGGACUUUUGGAAAUGUGUGCUUCAGUUGGAAUGAUUAUUGGACCUCUUGCUGGUGGCUUCCUGUAUGAGUAUGGAGGUUUUGGCCUUCCUUUUUUCGUGGCCGGUGGACUAUUGGCCUUGUCUUUCCCAUUGAUAUUUUUCAUUUGCCCUGAAAUGAAAGAUUCAACCAAAACUGAGAACAAAGCUGGAAUUCUUAGUAUUCUAUCCAACUUCAGAAUCACCGUCAACAUCAUUGUUUCAUUAAUCGUCUGUGUUGUAUUUGGAUUUAUUCAAGUGUCUCUUGAACCACACUUAAGAAGUUUUGCUGAUUUGCGAUCAUCAACUGUUGGCGCUAUUUUCUUGGUAGUUGGACUUUUCUAUGGAGUUUCAACUUGGCUUGUUGGUUUGGUUUUACCCAAAAUUAAAGAUGCAACAUUCAUGAGUAUAAUUGGACUCGCCUUUGUUAUCAUUGCUUACCUUUUCAUUGGACCAAUGUAUCCGAUUCCAAUAAAACCCUCUGUUACUUUGGUUGUUAUUUGCCAAAUGUUUAUUGGUAUUGGAACUUCAUUUUGCUUUGUAUCUACAUUUACUCAAGGAAUGCGGGAGAAAGAUUUAACCAGCCUUAAGGAUGAUCCUGAUGUCUCUGGAUUGAUGAGCAGUCUAUUUGUAUCUGUUUUUGCAUUAGGAUCUGGUCUUGGACCUAUUAUUGGUGGUCAAUUGGUCGAACAUUUUUCAUUUCAAAAAUCAUGCAUUUUCAUCGUAGGAAUGUCAUCGGCAACUCUUCUUUUAAUUCUUGGUACAGUUAUUUUUCACAAAAGACGAUGAACCAUAAUUUAUUGUAUCCUAUGACAUUAAAACCAGUAAAUCUGUAAUAAAACUACUUAUAACCAAA